UCUCAAUCGGUCAGCCAUUUGGCGCAACCCAGGACUCUCUCCCUUUUCCCCACUCCGAUUGAAAAUUCGCAAACUCUAAUGAAUGAAGCGGUAUCGCAAUUAUAGAAGUGGCUGCUGCUUCUAGGUUUUCAAAAACAGUUUGAUGGUAUCGUCGCACUCUUCACAUGCACACUUUGCUUUGCCCCACCAGAAUGAAUAAAGAUAUAGGCUUGUGCUGUCUGCUUACGGAACAGAGCAUGGUCCGUCACUCUCCUUCCUGUUCUCGACGUUCCCCAAAACAAGACGGUUUCGCUAAAAAUGAAGUCAUCUACUGUGUCUUCAUCCCUGUUGCGACGAAGAUGCUAUCUGUUAGUUCUGCUGCAAGGACGAGGACUGCAAGUCAUUGCGCACACGAGUACUACUGCUGUUGCAGAGUCUCCUUUUGUAGCUGCUGCUCAAGCGGCCCUAGCAAAUCUGGAUAUUGAUCAUGCCAGGACUGCUGAUGCUGAUCAAGAAGGUUCUGAAGAUGCAGAACUAGAUGAUGAUGAUGAAGAUAGACUAGAUGGAGACCGAGAAGAAAUUGCGAGGUUGCCUAGUAUUAGGUAUACGGAUACCGGUGGUGGUAGUGACGAGAGCAACUACAACAACCUACUGCAGCAGGAAGAUCCAUCAUUAACGUCAUCUUUGUCUGCUGGUCGUGCCACGAGAGCAGGCUCCAUGACAUCUGAUUACAAAUACCAGGGACAAGGAUUAGGACAAGAAAGAGCCUCACCAUAUCAAUCUCUAGAUCCAGACCCUGUCCUAGAAGCACUAGCUCGUGAUGUGGAGUCUUUUUCCAGGUCAGCACAGGAGUUAGGGCGUCGCGCAGAGGCGGCGAUUGCCGCAGCAAUGACAGCGCAUGCAGCGAACAAGAGUUUCGAAGCCGAAAGGCUGGCGACAGCUGCAACUUUCUAUGCGCGUGCAGCUCAGUUGGAUCUACGGAGGGCGGAAGAAGCAGGACGAUCGCUUGAAGAGAGGAGAGCUGUUUUGAGGCAGGUACUAGAGUUCUUGAGGUACUACAUUGAAUGUAGACAGGUUCUAGAGUUCUUGAGGUACUAUAAUAUUGAAUGUGGCUCCUGUGUGCCUUUUUUUACAAUUUGUUUCCUUGGUUCCUGUCUUCAAAGAUGAUGUUUUUCACAUAAAUAGUACGCAGUGUAGUUAAUGAUCUGUCGACGUGUCGUUCCUCACGACAUUGCUACAGCGGUCUUCUUGUUUACCGUCAACACUUUGGAAAAACGACAGGUAAACGGAAUAACUCCUCCUGGAUACAAUAAUGGAAACACUGGGAAUCCCUACGGCAAUGGAAGCCCUGGCAUUGGAUCAUCAGUGCCAUCUCCUGGAAGUAAUGGUAAUGGAGAUUACCAACAACACGGAUACUACGAUCCAGGGGGGAACUAUUACAAUUUUUUCGACGGCCAGCAGAGCACCGCAGACACAACCAGCAGUGGCAACGUUAUGAAAACCGCAGACUCAUCUUUUUCAAACUCGAUUUUUGAGAAUCCUUAGAGCUGCACCGAACUUCUACUUGGCAGCACAUGAGUAGACUACGCUAGAUAAUUGAUUCCAUCUCUAAAAUUGAUUCCAUCUCUAAAAACAUCCUGAACAACGCGGCGUACAAUUAUGGCGACAUACGAUCACAAGAAGACGACAUGGGUUCGCAGACUGUGCCAGCAUACUGGAGUCCAUCACAGAUGUGGAUGCAGAUGCUGUGGUUCCUGUUUUCUUGUCUCUGCUGUUUCGGUUCGCUCUACGGUUGUGUGUGGAUUGCGUUGGGUGGAGAUUUUCUCUUCGGCGGCGGAGGUGGCUACAAUCGGUCUCGGCAAACCAUGUCAACAGCACGAAGAGAUGGCGUUCUUGAUGCUCCUUACUACACACAUUCUCGUGAUCCAGUUUGGCUUUCCAAUAUGCGUGCUGGGUGGAGGAGGCUUACGAACUUCAGAGGGGAUCCGCAGUACUCUGGAUUGUAUGGGACUUCUUCAUCUCCCCAUCCACCGAGGAAUUCUAGUAUGAGAACGCCUGCUGCUCGUGGCGUAGAGGGGGGGCAUGGGCACUAUCAAGUAGAACAAAGGAGAGGUCCAGGCUGAGGAGCGGGAGGGUGGUCCAUAUCAUGAUCCUAUCAGCACUUCCACUAACUCGAAAAAACGGUUGGUGAAGAAGAUCACCAUAAUGCUGUUGCCGCUACUACAGCUAGAAGCAUGUUUUCCAAUAAUUCGUCCUGCGUGUAGCAGGUGUCAUAUGCCUACAAUGUAGUACAAUUAUGGACGCACUGGAAUGGAAUGAUGUUGCUGUAAAGAUGGCCGCUUACUCCAACCAUGUAUUGCACUAUAAUGAUGUUCCAUCAACAGACAGAGACUCACUUGGACUUCAAAG